AUGGCGUGGAAAUCACAUUCGAUCAUCCUGAUCUCGUUGUUGAUGGGGCUUGCCAGCGCUCAACGACAAGACCAAGAGGAUCCGUGCAAAACGAAAUCAAAGGUUGUCGGUGAUGUGACGUACUGUGAUCGGUACUGGGAGUGUAUCAACAGUCAGCCGGAACUGUACGACUGUCCGAAUGGGCUCGUGUUCGCCGGCAAGCACCGUGGCGUCACUGAGGGUUGUGACUAUCCGUGGCGAUCAAACUACUGCGACGGGAAGCAGCUGGCAAACGGUCCGAUCUCGACGGAGCACUGUGAUUGGUUGUACGGCAUCUUCGGUCACGAGACGUCGUGUACGCGAUACUGGACCUGCUGGAAUGGUACCGCUACCGAGCAGCUCUGCAUCGGUGGUCUGCUGUACAACGAAAACGCUCACAGCUGCGAUUGGCCCGAAAACGUUGAUGGAUGUCAGAAGCACCCACUUUGCAACGAUGAUGCGAACGGUAAUGUCCCGCUAGGAAAGUCUUGCAAUCGGUACUGGCAAUGUCAGGGUGGCUACCCACGGCUUCAACGUUGUCCUGCCAUGCUCGUGUUCGAUCGACGUAGUCUGCGCUGUGUCGUGCCACCUACUGAGGACUGUGAUGUACCAACCACGCCGCUACCGUUGGAGUACGAACCAGAGCAACAGCAGCAACAGCAGCAUGGCAAGGGAAAUCCAAACGCUAUUCACCAAUCGUCCGGCAUCGGUGGACUGCAGGGUGGCAAAUUGCAAUCGGGAGGACGAAACAAGAACUAA